CUUCAACACUGAAGUGUCAGUUCAUCGUGGCAGUGCAGAUGUAACAGGUCUCUGCAUGUCUUUACCAGAACAAUAGGCUUCCUCUGCCAUUCACCAGUAAUGUCUCCAUCGUAGCUGGGUCCUCUCAUGGGAAUGGAUACAUAUCAGUUCAAGAACUGAAAUAAAGACUUCUUUCUCGACUGCCAUCAUGGGGAAUAUAAUAAAAGGCCAAGUGGCUGACAAUCACACUGCGUCCAACCAUGAUGCCUCAAUUAGAGAUGAUGAGAAUUUAGUGGUCAUUUCUGACUACCCGUGCCGAGACAUAAGUGAGCCGAUGUUUAGGAUGGGAGAGAAACUGAAGGUUCUGGCUCAGGAAGCCUGCUGGUGGAAAGUUCGCUCUUUGCAAACUGGAACUGAGAACUACAUCCCAAAUAAUCAUGUGGCAAAGGUCUAUCAUGGAUGGCUGUUCGAAGGAGUGGGGAGGCAAAAAGCAGAGGAGCUGCUAUAUUUACCCGGCAACACAGUCGGCUCUUUUCUCAUCAGAGAAAGUCCGAACCAACGAGGUGUGUAUUCCCUAUCUGUGAGACACAGAACCAUAAAGCAUUAUAAAAUCUUCCGUCUGGACAACAGCUGGUACUACAUCUCUCCUCGUCUCACCUUUCAGUGCCUAGAGGACAUGGUCAACCACUACUCAGAUUCUUCAGAUGGCAUUUGUUGCCUUCUCUCAGCCCCAUGCCUGGCUCGUAACAGUACUGCGCCAAGUUCAGUCUCACAAGCGCCCCCUGUGGUGAUGCGCCGAAACUUCGAAUGGAGAAAAGUGAACAGGUCUCAGUUGUUGACCAGUGAUAAUCAGAGUAGUGUGAGCUAUGGAGUGAGAAGCAGCAUCGCUGCCUACCUGAACAUUUCUGAGGAACAAGAAAGAAAAAGCAGACGGAAGAAGAAGGGCUGGACAGUCUAUGGGAUUCCUGAUAACAGUAAUAUGGAGCAGGAAAACACCAAUUAGGACAUUUUUUUUAAUUUGCCAUUGCGUGGAAAUAUAACUAAAGGAAGUGGUGGAUUUCAGAUAAUUGCAGAACUUUACUGAACUACUGAGUUGAAACAAAGAUGAGUAUUGAAUAUCAUGGACUUUUUAGUGGCACUUUAUUUGAGAUGGGAGAUACAAAAGUAGUUUACAAACACAAUUUUGUUCAAAGUUUAUGCUUUGCAAAACUUUUCUAGAAGAUGUUUCUUUUCUGUUUACCCAGUGAUUGUUAUUUUGUGCUGAAUUGCAUUGGAAGGAAAUAAUGAGCCUCUAUUCAGAAAAAGCACAAACAGCACGCUAAGCACUUCUAAGCUUGUCUUGGCUUCUUGCCUUAUGUUGUAAAACCUAAUGGGGUGUUGAUUAAACACAUGAUUCCUUCUAAUUUCUUCUGUUUUAUUCUACUAUUUCUAAUAAAAAGUUUUACCUUUACUUUUUUUUUUUAAAAGGUCUAACUGCUGGAAAUUGUAUAUA